CUUCUUGCCUUGCUCGGUGUCUCUUGGGGUGCUUCAGCCUGCUCUCCCUCGGCGGCCUCCUCCUUUGUGCUGACCAACUUUGGCACACUCAACAACAAGAAUCAUGGCCCAGCAACAGCAGUAUAGGUAUGAAUCUAUAACUGACUUCUUUCUUAGCAUGAACCAAAGUUUGGACUGUGAACAAAAUGGGAAUAAAAUAUGCUUUUAAAGUCUUUAAUAAGAUAACUUUGACACAGAAAACAGUUAAGGUUACUGUAUUUGUUCUUCUCUUUCACUCACAUGGAAAGAAAAAGAAGUGUUAGUAUGCAUAGUUCCUCUUACAUAUACUGUAUGUGUAGAUUUGAUUUUCUCUGUGGAUGAGUUAUUUUUGGAUGGCCAGCUUCCCAGAGUGGUCACCCAAUACGCAGAUUUGUUGCAAUGCCGAUGCCUGCAGUAUGAGCAUACACUCACAAAUGCAUACUGAAUUACUGCUCUGUGCCUUUAAAGUCUAUGAUCAUUGAUCCUCAGCUUCAAUGAGAAAUCCAUAUUCUCAGGUUUAGCCACCAUACCCAACAAUGCCUCUUCUUAUCCCACCUUUAGAAAUGUAAUCUCAGAAAAUAACUGUUGUUUACUUCUCUGUUUUGAUUUGUCCUGGGACAGUCUACCAGCCAAACUGAUCAAUGGAGGAGUAGCGGGCAUGGUGGGAGUCACCUGUGUGUUCCCGAUCGACUUGGCCAAAACCCGACUACAGAACCAACGUAGCGGGCAGCAACUCUACAAGAACAUGUAAAAACCACACCCUUCUUUGAAAAGAUAUCUAAUGAGUACAUUUCAGUCACAUCAUCAUCAUCAACAACAACAACAACAACAACAACAAAAUAAUCAAAGUACACUUUUGCUUUUUUUUUUACAUAUAUUUUUGUUCAGUGAUGCUUUAUUUUACAGUAGAGUGAUUGCAGUGAGUUCAAACAGUUUCAAAAUAAACACUUUUUUAAAGCAGGGAACAGUUAACCACUUUUAUAUUUGUAAAGAGGUUAUUAAGCGUCUUUUAGAAACUCACCUUACUGAUCUUUUCCCCAUUCAGGAUGGAUUGCCUAAUAAAAACAGUUAAAUCUGAAGGCUACUUUGGCAUGUACAGAGGUAAGACCAGACACACUGUCCAUGCUGACUUUUCUUAACUUGCCCUUUUUUCAGAUAUUAAUGUACCACAUUCUUUGCUUUCCUGACCAAAAAUCAACAAUGUUAAGUAAACUCCAAAAAGGAUCAUUUUUCUAAUGCUAUGUUUCUACAUCCUCCAUGUUUUGUCAAGUCUUGCACAAAAUUCGAUGUAACUUAGCUGUAAGUAUCAUUGGGAUUAGGUUAAUCAUCAGUCAUAACGGUUGUUGCAGGUGCUGCAGUCAAUCUUACGUUGGUAACCCCAGAGAAGGCCAUCAAACUGGCAGCUAAUGACUUCUUCCGCCACCAGCUGAGCAAAGAUGGGUGAGUGAUAACACGAAAAAAGACAUGCCCUUGUCUUUUUCAGUGUCUGUCUCCAUAUUUUAAACCUGCUCUAUUCUUCUCCUUUAUUUCAGUGGCAGGUUAACGGUGUUCAAGGAGAUGUUGGCAGGAUGCUGCGCAGGCAUGUGUCAGGUCACCAUCACCACACCCAUGGAGAUGCUCAAGAUUCAGAUGCAGGAUGCAGGCAGGCUAGGUAACUAAAGGAAAUCACCACAAAAAGAUCAUGUGUGUAUGAGUGUUUAAGGAUAUCCUGUUGAUUAGAAACAGCGCAGUGCUCAUACUUAUUCAGAUACAAAACAACACAUCACUGCUAAAAAAAAUAAUCAAUUAGCAAUUAUUCCUUUUAGAUUGAUGAAAGUAAAACAGAAAUUCUACUUAAUUGUUGGAAAAAUGCUGUAAUUGCUCUCUGGGUUCGAGGGAUUUUAGUGAAAAUUAACAAUGUGGUGAAGAAGUCAUUAUCUAGACACAUAAAAUGCUAUCACUUCAUAAUAAAAAUAAAGCUUGAGACCUACCAGAGUCUAAAUUUAUGGUUAGCCCAGUUACAAAGUUGACCUUCUUUCCCCUUGUGUGUGAUAGCUGCCCAGCAAAGGGGGAUUCCCAGUUUAGUAACUCUUAAGAUGGGUGGAACCAGCACAGUUCUAAGCCGAUCCUAUAACACCAGUCCUGGACCUCAAGUCAUGCGAGUGUCAGCUACAGAGAUCACCAGAGAGCUGCUCAGGACCAAAGGAGUCACAGGACUGUAUAGAGGACUUGGAGCCACACUGAUGAGGUGAAAGAAGAUUUGGGGGUGUGUGUCCACUUACAGUGAUUUUGUUAUGCUGGCAGCCAAAAAGUGCUGUAAGUGGACACAGGCCCUUAUGCUUCAUUUCUUUAUUGUGCUGGUUUUCCAUCUUUUCCGAAUUAUACCCAAAUGUGCUAAUCAUGCUCAUUUAUAACCUUCAACAGGGACAUCCCAUUCUCUGUUGUGUACUUCCCACUUUUCGCACACCUGCACAAGCUCGGCCAGCACUCACCUGAAGACCCAUCUGUGCCCUUUUAUUGGUCCUUCCUCUCUGGCUGCAUGGCUGGUUGCGUUGCUGCUGUGGCUGUCAGCCCUUGUGAUGGUGAGCGAUUAAGUGUGCAUGUAACUUAUCUGUGUUUUAGGGAACUGUGAACUGAGAUUCUCACCAUAAAUUUUGAACUUAUUUUGUAGUGGUCAAGACAAGACUUCAGUCUCUCAAAAAAGGUGCAAAUGAAGAAACCUACAAUGGAGUGGUGGACUGUAUCAGGUAAACUGGUCAUGAAUUUAUCAGUACUUCUUUUUGCAUAUCAGGGUUUGCAUGAAUGACAUAAAUUUAUGUUGUGUGUUCACGCUGCAUGUUUUGUUCUUUCAUUGCAGAAAAAUCUUGAGAAAGGAGGGUCCUGGAGCCUUCCUAAAGGGUGCCAGUUGCCGUGCCUUGGUUAUCGCCCCACUCUUUGGUAUUGCCCAGGUUGUGUACUUUGUCGGAGUUGGAGAGUUCCUGUUGGGUUACACUCCCUACAACAUCUACUCUGCAUAAACAAGCUGUAUCCUAGUCUUUAAACAGCCUUAUUAAAUGACAGGCAGCUCUUUGUAACUGUGUACCUUCUUUAUUGUUGGAGGGUUUCUUAGUAAAAUGCUGAAAGGACCACAUAGUUGCCAUUUUAUAUCAAGGCACUUUCAUGCCUCUGACAUGACCAUCACAUAUUUAGCAGGCUGAGGUGGAAACCAUGGCAAAUGUGAAAAUACUUUAAAUUACUCUGUGAUUUUAUGUUUUCUUUCUUUACUAUGGGACUGAAGGUUAUUGUUGAUUUAGCCCCAAACUUUGUCCCCCCUCCAACUGCUGUACUCAGCCGUCACAGCUUGUUGGCUGUUUGUCUGGCAAAAAGACCAUCUGUACCAGAAAGAGAGUACCAGGAAGAAGCAAGGACAGAAACUUGAAAAGCUUCAUCUGUCCUUCAAGAGUUUACAAGGAAACUUUGCCACGGAUGUUUAUCCUUGUCUUUGUACAUAGUGUAUUUAUUCUUUUAAAACUGAUAUCACUUGAUAAAUGAAUUUUCUCACAACUUUGCUGUUGUAUGUUAUUUUCUAACAGAGAAAAGUUUAGGAGGUCAAGGCUUUUGAACAAAAGGAACACACGAACUUCCUGCCUAGAGGUGUGCCACAGGGAUCAUGUUUUGUACCACUGACAUUUCAAGCCUGGUAUUUUUGUGCACCUAAAUUGGAUGCCUCUUGAUCUGCACCGCUUUUCACUGUAGAUUGUCACAGAAUAUAGCAGACUGUUGUGUUUUCUAGUAUUUAAUAACACAGUGGUCAAGGUUAAGGGUGUUUACAGCAGAAGUCAAAAGAUAAGCGAUGCGGAAACACUUUCCAAAGUUGACUUUGAAUGUCUGCUUUCUUGAUUUGAGGGAAUUGUAGCUUGUUGGUCAUAGACUAGGCUGAUGGUAAAGAAGACUUCAUGGGCAGAGUUUGUCAGACUUUUGGGACCAAGUCUUCAGAGAAAAGUACAACAUGAUCCACUUGAAGCAGCUUUUGCUUCAUUGACUGGCUGUGAAGGACUGGUUAGGUUUUCUUGUCUCUUGAAGAAUACAGGAGCACUCGUGAAUGUAUCAUUAAGAUUAAGUGCUUUUAAUAAUUGUAUUCAUGUAAAAAGUCAUUGUUUUGUAUUUUCUCCAACUGUCAAAGCUAGAAACACAAAGUGAGCUCAGUUGAGACAUUUAAACGUUUUGACAGUUUAUCAACCAGUUGAGAAGAUAACUUAUUUUCUAAGUCAUUAUUGAAUGGCGCUUGUAAAUAAUUAACCCUGAAUAAAUAUUUCAAAAUGCA